GGGGGUCCCGAUGAGGAUUUUGGGGGUCCCGAUGAGGAUUCGGGGGGUCCCGACGAGGAUUUGGGGGCGCUGGCCCCGGCGUUCCUGCUGGGGCUGUGCCUGGAGCACGCGGCCAAGGAAUUCCCGGCGGGACAUUUCCCGGAGCUGCUGGGGAAGGUGGCGGGGAUGCUGCGGGAAACGGUCUGGGAGAAAAUCAAAGAAAUCGGGGACCGGCAGCCGGAGAG